AUGUUUCGGACCUAUCAUGAGCUGGCUAGCUGUGCACCCUCCCAGCAACAGGAUGUCUACGUUUUUGCAAUAGCGCCAGUUGUCGGGAAUGUCCUGGCCGCCAUCACCUCAGCAGAUGAGCUGAUCUUUCUGCCCAGGGACACCUUGAGUGUCUCUAAUUUUUCCACCUCAAAAAAUGUCCCGCAUGGUCUAACAUCCCUGGUCACCGCAGAUGGCGGCACAACUGCAAUCUGUGCAGGGGAUGAUGGUGCGGUUGCGCUGUUUGAUGUCCGCACGCAAUCGAGAGCUGCUCAGAUCGCAACAGGUAAACCUGUCACCGCCUUAGCUUGUACAGGUAAUGAUGUCGCAUUCGGCAGUGAGGCUGUUGUAUCCGUCUGGGACCGUAGACAGAAUCGACUUCGAUGGCAGAACAGUGAAGUCAACGACGAGAUCACCGCGUUGUCCUUCCAUCCUUCCCAACACACUUUGCUGCUCAGCGGAGGUGACGAUGGCUUGGUCAGCAUUUUCGAUACCACUAUCGUAGAGGAGGAGGACAGUCUCGUGCAGGCCGUCAACCAUGGCCCCAUUCACAAAGCAGGGUUUCUAGGAUCGUCCGAUCUGUAUGCUUUGAGCUCAGACCAGAACCUUGCUCUGCAUUCUCUUACCCUCGAAGACACCGACACAGCUGAGCCGACUCCCGAUCAGCUUGGAGACCUGAGACCCAUCAUUCCUUGCGAAUACGUGAUCGAUGUGUUCCAGUCCGGGUCGGACCAUGUCGUCGCUUGCGGGUCUCACGGUAAGUCACGGGUGGAUCUGGUCAAAGUGGCCAGGGGCUCGAAGCUCGAUCUCGAUGAGCGUAUUGUCCUCGAAGGCGCUCAUGGCGAGGAAGUGAUACGCUCAAUUUUCGCCGAUGAACUGAAUGGUGUUAUCUACACCGCAGCCGAGGAUGGUCGCAUCGCAGCAUUCGGGCCUGGUGACCACCAAUCCCUACCGUCCGAAUCAUCCAAAGGCGCAAAACUCAAGAGGGGAAACGGCGUUGAUGUGAGGUACAAGCCCUACUAA